CCCUGUUUCACCGAGAGAGCACUUGACGCAGGUAAUGAUUUUUUUUCCCCUCAUCUCCUCAGACAGUCAGAGGAUGGAAGGCAAUGCCAUAAAGUGGGUGGGCACAUUUCCUGACCUUAUCCCAAACUAUAAGUGUGGAAACGCUAGUGUCCAUGCGGACUUUUGCGAGACUUAUGCGCGUGCUGAAUAUGCCUCCACCGACAGCAGUGAAAUUACACGUGCUCUUCGCCGUGUCUUUUGCCUGGGCCUACCAUGAAGUACCCAAAUACCGGCACAAGGACCCCGAAACCUCUAAGGUGCUGCUUUGUGACCAGUGCCCACCCGGAACAGCCGUGGAGCGCCACUGCAGCGCGAAGGAGCCCACCAUAUGCGCCCCAUGUCCGGAGAAACGCUUUGCAGAGCAUUGGCACUGGGGAGACAGCUGUCAACACUGCACGUCCGUCUGCAAAGAAAGGCAGAUAGUGAGAAGAGAGUGUAACAGCACCCACGACCGGGUCUGUGAAUGUAUACCAGGGUAUUACCUGGUAGUGGAGUUUUGUGUCCGACACACCGCCUGUCCACCCGGCUAUGGAGUCACCGUGCAGGGGACUCCAGAGAGAGACACUGUAUGUGAGAGGUGUCCUCCGGGUUAUUUCUCCAGCACAUCAUCAUCUACAGAUCCCUGCAUACCCCACAGGGACUGCAGUGAGAUGGGAUUAAAACCCUUCAGAUCAGGCACAGCCACCCAGGACACGCUGUGUGAGGCGGACAGUAAAGAGUCGAGCUUUGACUGCUUCCAUCAGCACAUAGAGUGUAAAAUAGACAUUACGUUAUGCGAGGAAGCAAUAUUUCAGUUUGUGGCGUCUCCUCCGCUGGCCUCCAUCUCCGUGGAACGUCUUUCCGAGAGUCUUCCAGGACGCAAGGUGGACUGGAAGAACGUUGAGAGGCUGAAGAAAAGCUGCAGUCCUCAUCAUCAGACACUGCACCUGCUCCGUCUCUGGAGAGAACAAAAUAAAGACCAAGACAAGCUCUUCAGUAUCAUUCAAGGUGUGAACCACUGCGAGAGGAAAGUAUCCCGCUGUGCCAGUGUUAAAAACCUCACUCUGGAAGACCUGUUGAUGCUGAUGGAUAGUUUACCUGGAGAAAAGGUGAGCGAGGAAGACGUACGAGCUGUGGUCCGCUCCUGUCCUUCACAAAGCUACAUCCUGCAGCUUCUCCACCUGUGGAAGAUGAACAACAGAGGUCAGGACCUGGCCAAGGCUUUAAACAUCAGCCUCCGCAAACUCCGCUCGAAAGGCGCCCGUCGACCCCUCAUGAAAACUCUGAAGAGGAUGAGUCGCAUCAUCAGCGCGUCGUCCUUACACCGCAUGUACGAAAAGAUGAUCGUCAACAUGAUCCAGGACAGCACGUGCUUCAAAACCAAACCCUUGAAUGACUGAUGAUGCCAUAUCAAAAGACGACUGAACGAAGGGUUAUUUAAAUAGAAAGAAGUUGUACAUAUUUUCGCUAAAAGUGGAGAGUUGGGGUUACUGAUUUGUUGUAAAGAUGAUUUCGUUUUUAUAUUGGACUGAAACACUAUAAAAGGCUGAAUCUAUUGAAGCUGUAAAUAAAGGAUGUUGGUUAUGAAUGUAUAUAACAAUGAAGAGCAGUUAUGUUUUAUUUAACUGUAAUUAUAAUGUUGUCAGGGUUGUUUUUUUAUCAAAAUUUGAAAAAGAAAAAAUAUUAUUUAUCAAUUUGUCAAGAAACUGGACUCUAGAACUGCAGUAAAUCAUUUCUCUUUAAUUUAAAUAUAUUUGUGGCUGUUUCAAAUCUAUAUUGAUGUUUACGGUAACACAUUCACAUCUUUAUUUUAUCUUUAGGACAUCUUUCACAAAUACUAUGUGCUACACUCUUAAAAAUAAAGGUGCACUGUAAAAAAAAAGAUCUAGGAUUAAGUUAAAACAACUUGGUUUUGCAAGUCAAUUCAAUGUACUGUUUUAAGUUGACAUAACUCAUAAAAACAAGUUGAAAUUGUUUAACUUAAUUUGUUAAAGGUGCAUCAUGUAACUUUUAGAGGGAUCUCUUGACAGAAAUGCAAUAUAAUAUUCAUAACUAUAUUAUCAGUGGUCUAUAAAGACCUUACAUAAUGAACUGUAUUGUUUUUAUUACCUCAGAAUGAGUCGUUUUUUAUCUCCAUACACAGCGGGUCCACUUACAUGGAAGUCGCUGUCAUGUUUCUACAGUAGCCCUAAACUGACAAAAUUGCUCUACAGAGCACGUUUCAUCCCUACGUUGUCUCAGACGACGACAAGUUUGUCAUGUGGCGGCUACCAUAUGCGUUUUAAAAUUGAGGGGUGAGCUGUUGGUUGCAAUUCGUAAUCUCAUCACUAGAUGCCGCUUAAAUGUACACACACCACCUUUAAGUUAAAGUAAUAUAAAAAUAAAUGUUGAUUUGACAAAAAUACUCCUUUUUUACAGUAGUUUAGCCAUUAUUUUGGCUAAAUGGUUCAACAAAGAACCUUUCUGUUUUUGGUCGCUGUGAAAAACCUUUUAGGCACCUUUAUUUUUAAGAGUGUAUCUUAACUGAAGCAUCAUGUAAUGAAACAUGUCACUUGUCUGAGUUUUGAUGCAUUGCAAAGACUGUUGUGUUUAGACAACGUUUACUGCUUUUAGUCAUCAAGUUUAUUAAAGUGAUAAAACUGUACAGUAUGAUAAAGGCCAUCGGGACCGACAGCGAGUCUGUUUUGUGGCUCUCUGAGAACUAACGGGCUUGUUAACUGGUAAAUUUGUGCUGAAUCCUGUUGUAAAGCAAACUAUAUUUGUCCUCUUUCUUUAUAAUUCAAACGUAUCAUUUCCUGCCCAUGUAUAAUACAUCUUUGUACUGCCAGUGUAAACUUGCUGACGUUUUAAAAUGAAGUUUUUGUAUUAUUCGCUCUAACCCCA